GUUUCGUUCGGCUUCAUCCUGUUUCAAGUUUUAUCCUCCAAUUUCCACUGGCAAACUGUUGAUAUCCUCGACUUCCAAUGGGAUUUUGGUUGUUUUGAGCUAUUUCUGCAGCAUUCGCUGGGGGUGAUAAGUACUAAUGGCGGUCACCAUCACAUUGGUGGCGCUACUCCUAAUCACUUCGGUGUCCAAAAGCCAGUCUGCAGAAACGUGCAAUGCAGAUGCAGGGGGCUCGGUGCCCCUGCAAUUCCAGCCCCCCACCAAGAACUUCGGGGCCAGCUCAGCGCCUGGUGGAGAAGACUUCCUCCUAGGUUUACCGGGUUUCACUCGCAGCCACGUAGAGAAGGACCAUGCGCUGAUCACCCCUGAGAGCCGGGUGUGGUUUACCCCCCCUGGAUGGGAGAAUGCUCUCGCUGCAAUCAUCAUCACUCCCGCCAUGGGGGCACAGUUUGUGAUGUCGCUUGCGGACUUGAAGGCCAAUGCUACUAUUCCAUCGGCCCCCUCCGGGGCACAGCGUUUUGGGUAUGUCAUCGAGGGGGCGGUCAGCACCGGCAUCAAGGGAAAGAAGAGCAAGAAGGUGGCCAAGGGCGGCUUCUUCUACGCCCCUUCUCUUCUCGAAAGCAAGAUCACCUCGAAGGAAGGGGCCCUCCUGGUGAUCAUCGAAAAGAGGCACACGUUCUCCCCGGAGGAGCACGCGCUCAAGCUGGAGCCGGAGUUUUUUGCCGGGGUCGUCGAUGCGCAGCCGGUGCUUCCCGUUCCGGGGGAGGUGUUCGCACUACGCAAGCUCAUCCCCAUGACGCUCCAGUACGACUUCAACAUCCACGUCAUGGACUUCCAGCCGGGCGAGUUCCUGAAUGUGAAGGAGGUUCACUACAAUCAGCACGGGCUGCUGCUCCUGGAGGGCCAGGGGAUCUACCGCCUCGCUGACAAGUGGUACCCGGUCCAAGCCGGGGACGCGAUCUGGAUGGCGCCGUUCGUGCCCCAAUGGUAUGGGGCACUAGGGUCUACGAGGAGCCGUUACCUUAUCUAUAAGGACAACAACCGGGAUCCGGGCAUUGUUUAGUUACAUUCUUCGAUCGAGACUGAACGACGACAGGUUUCGGUCAGUCCGGGGGUUUAUACGGGUUUCGGAAAUCUCAGGUUUUGAACUUUUAUCGUGUUGCGUUGAAAGUGACUGCGAUAGUCUACGCUAGAGAUUGCAUGUGCGCGCACCCUGUGUGGGCACGGAGCCGGUAGGCCCUCAGUGGGCGGCGCCUGUUUGACCACACAAGUGUUUACAUGAGCUCAAAACGCUAUGGCUGACCUGUGCCUUCGAUUAAUGCAUCUUCUGCACUACGACAAGCGGACGUUCAUGUUCGUCGUCAUCUUGUGCGUGCUGCCCGG